CCGAUUCGUCUUGUCACAUCGUCCUCUAAAUUUAUUAUAUUUUUGAUUUGCUAAAUUCUUUUCGUUUAUUUUUUGGUUAAUUUCCUGUUUUUUAUAUAAAUUCAAGUGUCAGCAAAACCAACCACUGAGUGGAAAGAAAGGUACCGCGAGACCUCAGGUCUCGGCCUGUGGCCACAAAACGCGUACACCGCCCAAAACAAUCAAAAUUAGUCAUCGGAAAAUCUCAGUUAUAUUUCAUAAUAUUUCGCUUCCAAUAAUGUCUCAGUGGAACAAUUCGUACAAUUAUAACAACCAAUAUCAAGCCCCGAAUACAUGGAAUGGGGACUACAACACACAGUAUUCAUCAAACCAACAACAGUACUAUACCAAUCCCAAUCCCAAUAGACAAUAUGAUGCCAAUCGCCAGUAUGUUAGUUUUGAUGAGUUUUUAUCGCAAAUGCAAAUGUCUAAUAAUCCCGCAACGAAUACUGCUAAUUAUAACAAUGUACAAUAUCAAAACUACCCUAAUGCUCAGUAUAAUAAUGUGCCCAGUUAUCAAAAUGGGUCAACAACCCAAAGCCCUCAGGCUGAGUUGGCCUAUGGAUCGAGCACUGCCAAUUUUACUAAUAAUGCAGAGGUAUAUCAAACCAAUGUAAAUAAUCAAUAUAAUCAAGUGACUGAUCAAAAUAAUUACUCUAAUGAAGUAGUUUCUAAAUCCAAACUAACACCUACUGCUACAGAAUUUGUUCCUAAAAGUUCUAACACAAAUUCAGUUAGUCCCAACAAUGAACCAACAUUAGAAUCGAAUUUAACAAACUUAGAAUUAAAUGGAUCAUCAGGUAACUAUUCUAAGCCGUCUAGUUCAACAAAUUGGAGAGAACGACCAAACAGUUCACAGCAGAAUAGCUCUCAUUUAGAGCCUUAUGGUCAAAAAUAUUCUAAAAACCAAGACACAAGUAGCCGUAAUAAUAAACAUGAAUCUAAGAGCCGUAAUCAAGAACCCAGUAGCCGCAAUGAACCUAGCAAUCACAAGUCUAGAGAGAACAUUCAGCAGAGAGAACCAUCAAAUCGUGACUAUGAGAACAACAGCCGGAAUCGUAAACCAAAAAACCGUCCAUCUGACAACCAAACUCCAGAGUCCAGUUAUCGCAGACAAGAUAAUAACAAAGAAUACAAUAGAUCAAAUAGAAAUAGCGAAUAUAAUGCUCAGAACCAAGAUUUUAAAGACUCCAAUUACCAUAGACAAGAUCAUAGUCAAGAUUAUAACAAUAGAUCAAACAGAAACAGCGACUACAAUCCCCAAAGUCAAGAUCAAAAUCAAUGUUACGAUACAAAUGAUACAGAUUUUGGUGAAUUUGAAGGGGGCCAAUCAAAAAACAACUCUAAGACUAAAAAUAAAGAGUCUGAUGUAUUUCGCACUUUUUACAAUAGCUCAAUGUCUAAGGAAAGUCAAGAUGUUAGGAUUGGAAGAGGAGAAGCUUCUGGAAGGAAUCGUAAGAAUGCUGGCAGUCAGAGACUCAAGGCUCCAGAACGCACAGAAGAUGAGCAAUAUGCAAACUCUUAUUUACAAUACAGGGAGAAAAAAUAUAAGGACAAUACAUCAAGUCCGCUAAGAGGGAAAAAUAGAGCUGUUGGCAAUCAUGUAGCCGCUAACACAGAGAUGACUCAAAGGGAGCGCCUUAGCGAACAACUGGACAAAGGCACUCUCGAGUGUUUGGUUUGCUGUGAGAGAGUGAAGCAGAUUGACCCUGUGUGGUACUGCAACAACUGCCACCAUGUGCUGCAUCUGCGCUGCAUUCGCAAGUGGGCCAUGAGCAGUAUGGUUGAAAGUAAAUGGCGUUGUCCUGCUUGCCAGAAUACAAACCAGGAUAUACCGGCAGAGUACAGAUGUAUGUGUGGCGCAGUACGCAACCCCGAGUAUCAGAGGGGAUCCAACGGCGCCCACACUUGCGGCAGGUCCUGUAAAAGAUCGAGGAAUUGUCCGCAUCCGUGUACGUUGCUUUGUCACCCAGGCCCCUGCCCAGCUUGCCAGGCUACCGUUAGCAAGCAAUGUGGUUGCGGUGCGGAAACUCGUUCAAUACUCUGCAGUAGCAAAUUAGCCCAGAUUUGCGGACGUGAAUGUAAGCGGAAACUCGAGUGCGGGGUCCAUUUCUGUUCCAAGGACUGUCACGAAGGGCCAUGUGAGCCUUGUACGGAAACUGUUACGCAAGUAUGCCACUGCCCGGCCGCCAAGUCUCGCUCGGUGCCGUGCACAGCAGAAACCGGCACGUGCUCUACUUGGUCGUGCGAGUCGUCGUGCGGGCGUGUGUUGUCGUGUGGCGCCCAUGUGUGCCGCUCCCCCUGCCACGCGCCCCCGUGCCCCCUUUGCCCAUUGCGCCCCGAAAACGUGCCCGCCUGUCCCUGCGGACACACUAGAAUCAGUAAAGACCAACGCAAGUCCUGCACGGAUCCAAUACCGUUAUGUGGCAACAUCUGCGCUAAGCCACUCUCUUGCGGGCCGGUCGGAGACAAGCAUUUCUGUAAGGAGAAUUGCCAUGAAGGAGCAUGUCGCGUUUGUCCCGACAACACACUACUCCAGUGUCGCUGUGGGCAUUCCAGUCGCGAGGUCCCUUGCGCGGACUUGCCAGAAAUGUACAAUAACGUGCUGUGCCAGAGGAAAUGUAAUAAGAAACUGUCCUGCGGUCGUCACAGAUGUAGAACGGUCUGCUGUGACGCUCAGUCACACAGAUGCGCGGUGGUUUGUGGACGCACAUUGUCUUGCCAACUGCACCGCUGCGAAGAGUUCUGUCAUACGGGACACUGCGCGCCUUGUCCUAGAGUCAGUUUCGACGAGCUACGUUGCGAAUGUGGUACGGAAGUGAUUCUACCACCAGUCCGAUGCGGAACAAAGCCGCCCCCAUGUAACUUCCCCUGCAGAAGAGUGAGGCCCUGCGGUCACCCACCACACCACAACUGCCACUCCGGCGACUGUCCACCGUGUGUGGUGCUCACCACCAAAUCCUGCUACGGAAGACAUGAGGAACGUACAACCAUACCAUGUUCCCAAGAGGAGUUCUCGUGCGGACUUGCGUGCGGCAAGCCUCUACCGUGCGGGAAACACACCUGCAUAAAGACCUGCCACAAGGGCUCCUGCGAAGCUGGAAAAUGCACCCAGCCAUGUAUGGAGAAGCGGCCAAGCUGUGGUCAUCCGUGCUCGGCGGCGUGCCAUUCCAGCGGAGGCGGCACGUGCCCGAGCGGCUCGUCGUGCCGUCGCCCCGUGUGCGUCACGUGCCCCUGUGGCCGACGCAAGGCCGAGCGCGCCUGCUGCGAUAACGCACGAGACUUCGCCAAGUUGAUAAGUACAUUAGCAGCUUCCAAGAUGCAAGAAGGUGGGACUGUUGAUUUAACUGAUGUACAACGUCCAGGCUCCAUGCUUAAAACGUUGGAAUGUGACGAGGAGUGCUACGUGGAAGCUCGCAGCAGACGCCUAGCCCUGGCAUUGCAGUUGAGGAACCCAGACGUAUCUGCCAAGUUGGCGCCGAGAUAUAGCGAGCACCUCCGCAGUACCGCCGCGAGAGAGCCUUCCUUUGCGCAACAAGUGCACGACCGGCUCACCGAACUAGUGCAGUUAGCUAAGAAGUCUAAACAGAAGACCCGAGCGCACUCGUUCCCGUCCAUGAACCGUCAGAAGCGCCAGUUCAUACACGAGCUCUGUGAACACUUCGGCUGCGAGAGCGUAGCUUACGACGCGGAGCCGAACAGGAACGUCGUCGCCACCGCGGAUAAGGAAAAGUCAUGGCUGCCAGCAAUGAGUGUACUGGAAGUGCUUGCGCGGGAAGCGGGCAAACGCAAGGUCCCCGGGCCCGUGCUACGGACCCCCGUCCAACAUACCCAAACUGCCCCUACAGCUACGCCCUUGACAACAUCGGCUUCUAAAUCCUCUGGAGGGUGGGCCACGCUCACAUCGACAAACGCGUGGGCGGCGCGCAGUCAACCCAAACAGGGACCCAAACUGGAGCAAAAGCAGGAAACGAAGAUAGACUACUUCGACAACCCGCCCGACAAUUAGUUCAAUUGAGACCAGAUGAGUGUAUACCACGGCAAGGGAAUGAGAUCCGUAGAAGAAACAAGGGUUAAAUAGCUCGCCGAGUUGAGAAGCUGAAGUGGCAAUGGCACAAAGCUCAAGGACCCUUUUGAAGAUAGAGCAAACUUAUGAAUUAUGAAUGGACCCCGUACCGAAAAAUAUGACGUUAGGAAGACAGAUAUCAAGCAAGUCGCUUAGUUGACGCUAGUAACAAGUGAAAUUUGGAUGCUUGCAAAAGAUCUAAGUCCAGCAGUGGAUAUCCAUCGGUUGUUGUAAUGAUGAUGAGUAAUGUAGUAAUGAUGAUAAGAAGAGUAUCUCUAAUAAACUUCUAAUUCUUUUAAAUGCAUUGACGAAAGUAGCAAAGAUGUUGAACGACGGCACUGACCUUGAAAUGUCGGCAUAAGUAUUGAUGGUUUUGCACACUUAAAACAACACUUUAAAUCUACCCCGAACACCAUUUUCCCUCCAUUUUUUUAUUAAUUACUACUAUUUUUUUUAUUUUUGAUAUUGAAAUUGCAUUAAUGUUACCUAUAAUUAUUUCUUUUAAAACAGUUAACUUUAUCAUUUUGUGAAAAAUUUGUUCAUUUUUUAUUAUUAUAUCACUGGAUUCAUAUUAUGAAGGGGGUGAAAGUUACCUUGCCUUUCAUAGACAAUCGCAGAAGAAUCCCUUAACUGAACAGUUUCAUAUUUACAAAAAAAUUUCUUUGCGUGUCACCUUUAACUUCAACUGUCGACUGAUAAAAUCUGUUGAAACAUCACUCAGUCACUAACAUCCGUUAUAUUAGGUGUUCAAUAUGUCUGUGAAAUGAAUAAAGAUUGAAAGUCCUGCCCCUGUCUUGACUUUGGAUUCCAGUGGUAAGUCUCACGAAAAAGCAAGCAUUUCAAUGCAUUAUGUAAGUUGAAUUGGUGUCGAGUCGUCACAGUGUGCAAAAUCCAUUAAUUAAUCAAACUUAUUUGUGUCUAAUGUUUGCAGGUAUCACAUUUUGUACCCCUAAAUAAGUUUUCGAGUAAACUAACGAUACGUCGUAUAGUCGGACGAUAAUUUUGACAGCCAAACGGGCAUAUGUUUUUAUAAACGCAUGGUAUCGCCGCGUAAAGGCUAGGCUAAAUAUGACCGUAAUGAACGAUGUCAGAAAAUCAUUUUUUUUUUUAUUUGGGUCAUUAUAUUUAAAUAAACUUUUGGUACAACGACGUAGUAUAAAUGCUCUGUUGAACUUACAAAGGUGCUAUUUCUAAAGUGUUCGGAAUGGUAACAUUACACCUGAGUAUGUUGCGCUAAUCUGAGUCUUUAUCUUAAAAGAAGACUUACGCGUGAUCUCAGUAUGAGAAAGUUAAGUAUUCAUAAAUAUAAAAUGCCAGACUGCUUCUCGUAAGAUGUUCGGCCGCGUGGCUAGUUACCACCCUACCGAAGAUGAGCCGCCAAGCGAUAGGGGGUCAAAUAUGGGAUGAACAUUUUAUUAAGUUACAUCGAUGAAAAUUUUUAUUUUGUUGACAAUUGAAAUAGUAGUAAGUUACAUGUUUCGGGAUUUAUAAAAAUACCUCCCUUAGUUGAAAUAAAUGAAUUCUGAAUUUUGAAUAGCGGACUUAAGUUUGUAUGGGAGACUCAUCAGACGUUAUAUGCGGACGCAGUCGCAUGGUACCGACUAUAAAGUAACAAACAUUCUCAAUCUGACAUCACAUGUAAGUCGAAGGUUAAAUAGUGUCAAUUUUAUAUAUAUAUUUUUAUUGUUAGUGUAAUGAAAUAUACAAUAUGUUUAGGCUGUAUGUACGUACAUAAUUUGUGUUAUUAUUACUUAACAAUAAUCUGUUCAAAAUAGGGUUGGUUAUGUGGACGUUGAAAGAUUAAAAAUAACAUAGUGGGUAUAAUAUGAAUAAUAAUAUUUUAGAAAUAUGUUACAAUAUAUAUAUAUAUAAUAAUCCUAUCCUUAGGUUCAAUCAGGUCUGUACUCUAUGGACCUUACUAAUAAAAGUUCUUUAGUUAAAGAGUAGUUAUACAAUGUUUUCUCUCUUUCUCUCACCAGUGAUUUUACAAUCGAACGAAGUAAAUCAAAUAUUGCGUAAGUAUGCAAUCGCUUAUUAUGGUCGUAUCAUACAAUGUAAUAAGUGUUUGUAAACUUUAAAGAGUGGAUAAGGCGAACCCGAUGAUGUAGCCAAAAGGUAUUCAAAGGAUUUAACCUCAUCAACUGUAAUUUAUAAAAAUAUUAAGAGUUUAAAGAAAGCUAGCUAAAAGGCAGAGCAGUGAAGCCAGUAUCUAAAAAAAAUAGCAGAUUAUUGUUAAGUGUGUGUAUUUGUUGUUUGAAUGGGCUAUGUUGAAUUUUAUGGAAACGAAUAACUCCCUAAUAAUAUUUAAUGUAAGAAAUUAACUGUUAGUCAUUUAAUAACUUAUACAAAAAAUUUAAAAAUAUAGGUAAAAAAAAAGGAAAAGUUAGGGCGCUUUCACAUAUGCAACUUUUGUCAUCGCAUCGUUUUUCAUAUGGCUUUGUAUAAAAGUGCAUUGCACAUUCAUAUUUUCCGGUGAACUUAAAACUGUUGCUGACAAAAGUUGUAAAUUAUUGUAUUCUUUGAUCCAUAACGCACUAUAUCUGGGCUCCGAGUCUGCUAUUACAGUUCUGUCAGUCUAGUCGUAUCAGACUAAUGAAAUAAAAUAUAUUAAACAAUUGGACAAAAUAUAGAAUUUCUCCAAGUGUUUAUACAAAUUAUGUUUAUUUUUUUGCUCAAAAAAAAGGGUCCAUGAUGAUCGGAAACAUGUUGCAAACAAACUUCUUCGACUACUAUUUGGAAAAUAGUAUAUUAAUAAUAACAAACGUUAAUUCAUUUAUUUUUUCACAAGUAAUUUUUGUCAUUGAUCGACCAUUGACACACAAUUGCAAUAGUAGACUUGGGCCUCAGAGCAGCAGAUUUUCGAGUCGAGUGUUCAAAAACAUUGAAUGCUACUAAUAUAAUAAUAAAUGAAACUGUAGCUAUGGUUUACCACACACAGCAAACUUACUUGAUAUUAGAUUUAUACUAGCUGCGCCCCAGGGCGUUGUUCCCCGUGACGAAACAGUCUACAAACUUUACCGCAGGCCGCCGCUAUUAUAAUAUAAAUUAUGUCUUCAGCUAAAAUAGGAUACUCCGAUUCUUUCAUUGCUGCUUUGGGUUUUUUAAUUAAAAAAAAUCAGUGAGUGAAUUCAUAUUUUGACGCCCGACAGUGCACCCAGUAAACUAUGGAUCGAAGAUUGUAUUUGGUUUGUCCUUAUGCUAAUUAUAAUAGGUAUACGUGCACUGAAGUUAAAUAAAGUCUUAUAUUCAUUAAUAUAUAAUUUGUUUAUAUUUAAGCCAUGUAUUCUUUAAUUCACAUUUAGUAUUUGAAAUGUUGUAUACAAGAUAAUGAAUAUUUAUGUUACGGGGAAAUAAUAAAACAGGGAUUUCGUGAAAAACUUGCCUGAUUACUGAUAUGACAAAAUACUACGAUACUUUCGAUGCUUGGUCAUUACACUUAAGCUAAAAAAUAAUAUUAAGCUUCAUAAAAUAUGAGUAUGGCUUUAUGAGUUAAUGAGUUGGCAUUAAAUUCGCAAUAACCUAUUAUAGAUAAUUUUAGUUGGAAGGAUGGCGGGCGAAAAACGUUUUCAAAACUCACUCACUCUCGGCCUUCCUUGUUAUUUUUUAUAAUCACUCGAAACCAUUUAUUUUAUUAUAUCGUUUCAUUACAUUUUUCUGUAGUAAGAAUUAUUCAUAUCGCAACCCAUCCGGAAACAGAACAGCCAUAGCUGGACCGUUUCCGAGGGAAGUCAAAACUCCCACCCAAAACCCAGCGAUGUUCCUACGCCUGUCAUUUCCUACAUACAAAUUUGUUACAAAAACAUUAGCAGUGAACUAAUAGAUUUAUAAGCAGUUUUUUUUCUUAUUUUGGUUAUGGUAGGAUAUUCACUUGGUUUUAUCAUAUUAAUUAAUUAUUAAUACAUUGAUUAAGCACGUGACCCUUAUAUUAUAAAUUUCCAUUAAUUUAUAAUAGCAUCCUAGUAUUAAAACAAUGUGUUCAGCACAAAGAAGUAGGUGAAUUAAAUGUAUAGGUGUUUAAUGGAAAACCUGUAAUCAUUUAAUUAGAAAGAGAAACCUAGAAUAAGAAAUUUAUUAUAUCUAGAAAAUAAAUCGUGGGUGAAAGGCUACAUUUUUAAGCAUUUCAGGUGAAAAAAAUUACCUAAUAGUGGCUUCCGUUCAAAAAGUUAAAAUACUAUAAAAAAUUAUAUUUUCUUCCCUUUAAUAAUGAAUAUUUCUUCUGAAAUGAUCAAAAGUGAGGCUUUAGGACCGAUUUUAUAAUAACAAAACUUUAACCUAGUAGAUAUGCCGAAACGUCAAAUUUUUUCCUCCACAUUUCACCCUUCGAUAUAUUUCUAGAAGUCGAUUAUAUCGAUUGUAUAAAUCAAAUUAAAUUAUUAUCUGCAUUA